AUGGAGCACAACCCGGAUCACGAAAUGCCUACCCUGUUCAUGCCAACUACAAAGCGAAGCAAUUCGUCGGGCGGUGAUGCUGCAACAUUAUCUGGCCCUGGAAGCUCAACCCAGCACAGCUUCCUUGGAUUCAACAACAACUUUACUCAAUCGCCGUCCCUCUCCCCCAAGUCCACGAUGGGAGGAGCUUCACCAGACAUGUCAUCCUCGGAGCCCAGCUCAGCGGGUGUAUCUCUAACAUUAUCAAGCACGCAAAUUUCCCAAAUAUCACCACCAGCAUACGCCCUACCUAGAGCCGUCCUCCGCAAGAACUCCUCAAAGACGCCCAAAGUGGCACCUAUCCCUGAGGAUGACUCACUCGACGGGUUCGGGCUGUCAAAGAACGAUCAAAGCAAGCAUUACGACAUGAACCACGAUCUGAAAACAACAUUAACGGAUCUACUCAACUGCGACACAGUCCGCAAAGACCCCAAAAUGCGACUGCUGGUCCAGUCGAGACUGAUGGACUCGGAGCGGGAGCUGAAAAGGCAGAGGCGUUGUCGUCAACGACAGAGCUCGUUGCCAACACCGACAAUUGUGCUGUCUUCUGCGGAGGAUGAUCGGCGCCGCGAGAGCCUUGCGUGA